AUGACUUCGUCUUCACAUCCACCUGCUUUUGAUGGAACCGAUUACCCGUACUGGAAGGCUCGCAUGAGUGCCUUUCUCAAGGGGAAAGGGAUUGCGAUUUGGAAUAUUACAAUUGAUACGACUUAUGUGAUUCCAGCUGAUCCCUCAAAUGCAGCUCACGCUACAAAAUAUGAAAACAAUAACAAAGCUGUAGAUUUUCUCUUUGCUGCUUUGAGCAAAUCUGAAUUUGAUCGUGUUUCUGACAAACAAGUUGCUCAUGAGAUUUGGUCUACUCUACAAAAUUUUCAUGAGGGCACCAACGCAGUGAAGAUCCGGUUAUUUGAAACUUACAGGCGCGAAUAUGAUAAUUUUAUGCAAUCGCCUGGUGAGUCUAUCGAAAAUCUUUUCGCUCGAUUUUUGAGUCUUGUCAACAAAAUGAAAGCCAACAUAAUGGUUAUGCCGUAUGAUGAUCAUGCAAGGGCUCUCAAAUUGUUGCAUGCACUCGACUUGGAUGUUUGGGGUACAAAAGUGGAAGCGAUUGUUGAGUCUACUAAUUAUGAGACUCUUACAACUGAUGAGCUUUUCAGUAAGCUUAAAUCCAAAGAGAUCGACAUCCAAUUUCGAAAAAAGCUUAACAAUCCCACAGCUGGUUCUUCUUCAAAUAUUCCAAUGGCUUUGGUUUCUGGGAGUACUAACACUAAUGCUAAUCUUUUAUCUACUCCUAGUUUUGCUUUGUCCUCCUUGUGUCAUAUUGCAGAUGAUGAGUUGGAGGUAUUUGAUGAUGAUCAGCUUGUUUUGCUCACCAACAAGUUCAAGCGGGUAUAUGAAAACAGGCGAAAUAGAAGGCGUUCAGAAGGAUGCUUCAACUGUGGUGAGCGUGGACACUUCAUUGCUGAUUGUCCAAGCAAGGUGAAGGCACCGGAGCAUGGCAACAGCUACAGGCGCCAGGAACAAUCAAGGGACAGGAAGAACAAGAGUGAUAGGCGUGGGAGAAAGAAGGGACAACAGAAGUUUACUGACAAGCAAAUCAAGAAGGCUGCACAUGUUCUCUUUUCUUCGCUGGGUAGCUUUGAUUCAGAUGCCUCCUACAACUCUAGUGAUUCAGAGUCCGAAGAUGAGAAGCCCAAAAAGACCAAUGAUGGAGGACUCUGUUUUCUUGCUGACAUCAAGGGAGGCAUGUGCACUAUGGCUUUAAAUGAGGGUGAUGCAUAUGACUGCAGCAACGACUCUUCUGAUAAUGAGGUACAAAAUUCUGCUGAAGAAGAAAUUGAAGAGUUGACUAAACUUGUUGAUAAACAAAAUAAAAUUCUAGCAAGACUUAAGGCUGAUCAUGAUAGAAUAUCUGCUGAAUUAAAAACACUAAAAGAUGCUACACCUGCUGCUGUAGAAUGUGAGGAAUGUUCUAUUCAUAUGGUUUCUAUUUCUGAAUUGCAAUCUAAGCAUGCUGUUUUAGUUGAUAAAUUUGAUUGUGCUAAGAUUGAAUUGGAAGAACUUCGCUCUCGUUCUGUUUUACUUGGUGCUUGUGCUACUUGUCCAAUUUUGCAAACUGAGUUGAAUGUUGCUAAAUGCCAUAUUGUUCAGUUGGAGAAACACACUUGUCCUGUUUUACCUGAGUGUUUGACUUGUCCUACUUUUGUUGCUGAAAUUUCCAUCUUAAAGAAGGACAAUGCUGCUUUAGAAGAAGAAAACACUCAUUUGAGAACAAUCCUUGGUUGGUGUUCUGUGCGUGAGCCCCAGAUUGGUAUGACUAUUGCACAAAUUAAAAGGGGUGAACAUUUUGGUGUUGGUUAUGAUUUGAAGCGUACUUUUGGUAAAAAGAAUGCAGAUGGUGAGAACAAUGGGCCUACUCCCAGUGAGAAGAGUCCACCGGUCUCACCUGAAGGUUUUGUGGUAGAACCUCCCAAGUCUGUUCCUAAAAAGCAGGAUGGAGGCGAGGAGAACAUAUGGAUAAUGGACUCUGGUUGUUCGCGUCACAUGACCGGAGAUGAUAGAUGGUUCUCCAGCCUCACCCCCGCGAGCGGAAAUUUGGACAAAUUUGAAUCACGUUCUUCUGAUGGGUUGUUCUUGGGGUAUGCUUUGCAAGGGCGAGCUUACCGGGUUCUUAAUCUUGAUACUAAUCGCAUCGAGGAGACAUGUGAGGUCACCUUCGACGAGACGAUGCCUUGUUUCUCUUCUGCUUUUGAGUGUGCAGGUGAUGAUGAGAUUGGACAAAACAUUUUUGAAGAUGAGGUUGAUGGACUUGACGAUGAUGAUGAUGCAACAGAGGAUCCAGCUGUGCUCGAGCUACAAUUGAGGGGGAGGCAACUUCUGUUAGAACAGCACCUCGACAUAUUCAGCGUCGCCAUCCACCUCAACAAAUGA